AUGACAUGCACCACAAAAGGAGGGAAUCAGCAGGAUGCUGUCCAACUCGAUAAAUUUCGAGUUACCGCUCAAUUGUCUCGUCCAUCCUGCGCCAUGGAACCUAUUCACUGUGACCGUGAUCAAGAUGUUUGUGUUACUAUCACGAUGCACGUUGGUAGCGGCCAUUACUGGAUUGGCGCAGGAUGCGACCGACAUGAACACUUUCAACAUAUUGCAUGUGAGAAUGUCCGAACUUUGACGCGAAAUGUUCAACCAGGGGUAGUACAAGAACGACCUGUAUUGCAACGUGUGUGUGUUUGCACGAACGACAGAUGUAAUGCGGCCAAACAGUCUUAUUUAUUGCAAACUGAUAAAAUGCCUUACUUCACUAUUUUAGCCUGCUCAUUUCUUGUCUCAUAUUUUUGCCACAGUUUCACUUGA